UUUUGACAUUUCAUUUUCAUCUCAACACUGUGUUGGAUUGCUUGUUUUGUUCCUUGGAUUCUUUAUGACACCGCUGUUUUACGCAAGAGAGUUUGCCUGGGAUUGUUUUGAAGAAAAUGUCUAGUAUUUUCCAAAAUACGCUCCUGCAGUCCCGUCUGCCUUUGGUGUGUUUCAAACGAUUUCGAGGAAAGAUCAACAUCCAGCGACCCCGCGCACCGCACUACGAACGAGCGCGUGUCUUGGAAUUAGUAAAACCUGUCUAUAAAAAGAUCGAACACAGUACACCAUGUAUUGACGAGGGACGGUCAAAAUUCAGUCGAAUGGUGGAAAAUCCUUAUGAAAAAAUUAUUGCCCGCGAUGUUCGCAACUGGCUGGACCACAGCAGAAUGGUUGCUUUCGUGCAUAUUAAUUCGAUUAAGGAGGAGGAGGUAUUCAAAUUCCAAGUAGCAUUGCAUCGCUUCCAGAUGAGCUAUAAAAUUUACGGAAAAUCGAUCAUCCAGAAGGCAGUUAAUGGGACCAAAUACGAAACUAUUCUUUCGUUAUUCGAGGCGAGAACCGCGUUUAUUUUCUGCCCGGAUGAAACCAAGGCCCGACAGCUACUGAGUGUGCUUAAGAAAACUCCUCAGUUAAUUCUUUUGGCCGGUAUCGUUGAAGGAGAGUUUCUCAGUAAAACCGAGUUUAUGAAUUUUGCAUCGUUACCGGAUUUGACUACUGCUCGGGCACAGCUGGCAGCUGUUUUGGAUAGUGCUGGAGGCAAGAUCGUCAGUGAUUUAGAAUGUCACCAAAAGCAACUGGUGAAUAUUCUCGAGUCUUACGUACGACAAGAAAGCAGCGAACCGGAGGGAAAUGUAACGGAUAGUAGUAAGCCAUAAAUAUGUUUGCUUUGUAAAAUAUAGAUGUCUAGUUCAAA